AUGGACGUGUUCCGGAGCCGCCUGUUGGGGAUCUCCGUGGCCGUGGCGCACGGGAUCUUCUCCGGGUCCCUGAACAUCCUGCUCAAGUUCCUCAUCAGUUCUUACCACUUCAGGUUCCUGACCCUGGUCCAGUUCCUGACCAGCCUCACGGCCGCCCUGACCCUGGAGACCCUCAGGAGGCUGGGCCGGGUCCACAUCCCCCCCUUCAGUCUGCAGCUGUCCAAGGAGUUCUCCUCGGUGUGCGUCCUGUCCACUCUGCAGUCCACCCUCACCCUGUGGUCUCUCCGCGGCCUCAGUCUUCCGAUGUACGUCGUCUUCAAGCGUUGUCUGCCGCUCUUCACGCUCUGCAUCGGCGUGUGCGUGCUGAGGAACGCCAUGCCGUCCGUCGGCGUGGUAACGGCCGUCCUCAUCACCACCGGAGGAGCCGUGCUGGCCGGUGCGGGCGACCUCACCGGUGAUCCCUUUGGGUACGUCACCGGUGUUCUGGCUGUGAUUGUCCAUGCCUCCUACCUGGUUCUGAUACAGAAAACCAGUCUGGACAGCGAGUACGGACCUCUGACGGCCCAGUAUGCCAUCACCAUCAUGGCGUCCCCGGUUCUGCUCAUGUGCUCCAUGAUCUCCAUGGACGCUUUCAACAUGUGGUCCUACGAGGGCUGGAAGGAGCCUCAGAUCACCAUCAUCUUCAUCUUCUGCAUCUUCAUCGGCUGUGCCAUGAACUUCACCACCCUUCACUGCACCUACAUCAACUCGGCCGUUACCACCAGCUUCGUCGGCGUCGUCAAGAGCAUCGCCACCAUCACGGUCGGUAUGCUGGCCUUCAAGGAUGUUUCACCGACCCGGCUGUUCAUCGGUGGUGUGGUGGUGAACACCAUCGGCUCCAUCACCUACUGCGUGGUCAAAUACUACGAGACAAAGAAGAAGAGUUUGUACGAGGACCUGGAGAAGACGGAGAAGGACGCCUCACAGCCCGAAGAAGACCCUUACAGAGAGAAACCACCAGUGAACGGUGCAGGGCCAACUGCUGGAUCUGAUCCAGGACAACCAGAGCCAAGAGAAGAACUGAGAGGUGACCAGAAGGAGGAACCAGCAUCCCAUCUGGCUAAUGGAGAAGUAUGUUUGGGAGCCAGUGGACCAGGAGGCGGAGGACUGAAGUCUGGAGUCAUGACUGAAACAGAGGCGCUGGAGAUGCAGAGGGAGCACCUCCACAGGGAGAGCGCCCCCUCCGCUCAGUCGCUCAGCGACAGCUUUGUAGGAGUGUGGAGGUCCAUCAGACACCUGCACUUCAAAAAGGAGGAAAAUUUAAUUGAUAACAUGGAGGUGCAGAGUCCGUAA